AUGACUACUUCCUUUCACACCCCGCGACAACGCGGUCUCCCCACUCCGCGUCCGUCCUUUGGAGGCUCGCCGAAUUUCAGUGCGAGCGUGAGCAGCGCCAGCGUCAAUACAAACCGCAAUGCGAGCUUGAGAGCACUGAAUGGCCAGACACACGAUCCCCGCACACCGGGCAACCGCGAUGCCAGCGACCUCGUGGUCGGCGACGAGGUCAAUGUGCCCGGCGACAUGUACGGGGUGGUCAAGUUCCUCGGCGCAGUCAAGGGCAAGAAUGGCACUUUCGUCGGCGUCGAGCUGGAUCCCGCGUUUGCGAAUAAAGGGAAGAACGACGGAGACGUGGAGGGCACGCGCUACUUCACCACCUCCAUCCCCGGCGCCGGCAUUUUCCUGCCCGUUCAUCGCGCCGAAAAGCGAUCCUCGCCCACCCUCCCUCUCGACGCCUUUCCCGGCACGCCAGAUACCCCGACAUAUAGCACUGUCAAUGGCACGCGAACCACCACCCGACCCACGCCCACCUCCAAAUUCGCCCAAACCGUUGGACCGGGGGCGCGACCUCCCAGUCCGUCAUUCAAGCCUAAGAGACCAUCACUACCACGGCCGGAGAGUCCGUUUAGGAAGCCAGCUCCCAACCUGGCGCCCACACCCGGGCGUAAUGCAUUCUCACAGAGUCAGAUUGGCGGUCGAACGCCGGCUAAGAGCAGUAAUUUCAAAUCCUCCACCACCACACGUCCUCCACCAGCCGGACACACGCCCAGGCCCUACUCGAGAAGUAGCUCGCGGAUGGGCAACAGCGUCAUAGACGAAGACCGAACGCCCGUCGGCGCAUCCACGCGUAACACCAGCAAUGGGUCCGUGCCUUCUUUUUCACAGGCUAUGCGCUCUCCUUCCCGCCUGGGCAGUGCGGGCGGGCAAGAGCAAGAGAUACAACGACUGAAGAAAGAGCUUGCGGAGCGCGAUCGGCGACUGGACGAGCAGGCUGCUAGUCUAGCGGAAAUGGACCAAAGUGUGCAAGAGCUGUCGGCCAUUCUUCCUGCCGAUGCCCAGGAUGCCAACGGUGAAGGACAAAGUGUGGCACAGCUUCGCCAAAUGCUACGGGAGAAGAAUGAGAAGAUUAGCCUGCUGACGGCCGAAUUCGACGCGCACCGAGCGGAUUUCCGAAGUACCCUCGAUAGUCUCGAGAUGGCUAGUACCGAAACCGAGAGGGUGUACGAGGAGCAGAAGAGGGAUUUGCUGGCGCAACUGGCCGAGCUGCAGGAUUUGCAGCAGAGCAAGGAGGAUUUUGACGGGGUUGCGAUGCAGUUGAAAGGAUUGGAGGAUUUGGUGGCGGAGCUGGAGGAGGGAUUGGAGGAGAGCAGACGGGGCGAGGCGGAGGCCCGAGGGGAGGUGGAGUUUUUGAGGGGUGAGGUGGAGCGCGGGAGAAGUGAGCUCAAGCGGGAGCGCGACAAGGCUGCGGCCACGGCGAAGCGCGGGAGUGGUGACAACGGUGGUAAUCGAAACUCCGCUGCUCUGGAAAAGGAGAUGGAGAAGAAGGAUGACGAGAUUCGAGGAUUAAAGGCUAUUGUUCACGGAUUGAGCUCGCGCAGUGGUGGCGAGGAGACUGGCGGCAAUGACGAAGGUAUCAAAGGGGUACAGCAGCAGCUAGAGGCCAACAGAAAGGAGAAGGAGGCUUUGGAAGAGGAAAUUGAACACUUACGCCGAGAAGUGGCGGGGGCCAAGAAUGGCACGAGCGACAUCUCGACCAGCCAUACGCGAAACGAGAGCGAACGAACGGCCACCGCACCAGAACGUUCGCUCCCUGGACGCACGAGAGGGGAGACAAUCAAGCCCACGAACGGUGCGGCCAAGAUCCCAUCGCCGUCUAUCCCGGAUACCAACACGGAAACGACAGGCGACACCCCCGACGUGUACUGCGAAAUGUGCGAGGCGUCGGACCACGACACGCUGGACUGCACGAAGCUGCGCUCGACGGAGAAGACGCCGAGAGCAGCGCAGGGCGAGGUGUUUGGCCGGGGAAAGGAGAAUGAGCAUGAGGGAGCGGUGAAUGGGAGUGGGAAGGGGAAGAUCGAGGAAGGCGAAGGGCCACAGACGAGCGAAGAGGACAAGUGGUGUGCGUUGUGUGAGAAGGAGGGCCAUCUGGCGUUCGAUUGUCCCGAGGAGCAGUAUUAG